UACCCCAACCAAAUCGAUCUUCGUUCAUGCCUUUGGCCAUUCUAUUUCAGGCAUUAUGCAAAGGUUUUCUCCAAGGAAUAAAUUUAUUCCACUGGGCACUUUCCCACAUAUGGAAAUAACUUGUUAAUUCACAUCUUAUCAAUCUCUCCAUUCAGGUGCACAUAGGGUGGUGAUUGAGGGGUGGUGCAAUUUCGUGCCGACUACUGAAAUAUAUAUUUCCAAAUUAAAUAUACUAAAUUCUUUGAACUUUCAAAGAUACUUAACAUUAUUAUAAAAGUUGCACGUCAUCACCAUCACACUAUAUUUCAGAGUGAUUUAUAAAUUAUAAGUAAAGUAUGCGAUACUUACUUAAAUUAUAUACUAUAGCUAGCAGUCUUAGUAUCAAUUUCUCUCAAUUCUAGUGACACUGUCAACACUUGUUUUCAGCUUAUAUUUUGUUCUUUGUCCUCUGAUUUUUGAUUACUUAGAAUUUGGAUGUGUUAUGAUUUACAUGGCAAGUUGAAAUGAGGCAAAAGGAUUGUUAUAGAAAGAAAGGUUGGUGUAGUGCGAGUGGGAAAGUGGUGGUGGUUGCAGUUGAAGCUACGAAAGAAGUUCCAAGGACUGCUUUGGUGUGGGCAUUGACUAAUGUUGCUCAACCAGGGGAUUGUAUUAAGCUGCUGGGUGUCAUUCCUUGUAUGUGCUCAAAUUCAGACAACAGGAUUCGCAGCCUCUGUAGGCUUGCUACUGAUUGUAUCACUAGUCAGAGGACAUCCCGUUUAGGAACCGUCUCAGAUCAGAGACAAGUUUGUGUAAAUUCAUGUUCCCAAAUGGUGCUUCAACUUCAUGAAUUUUAUGAUCCAGAGAAGAUAAAGAUCAGAAUAAAAAUUAUUUCUGGUUCUUUGUGUGGAGCUGUGGCUGCUGAAGCCAAGAGAGCCCAAUCAAGCUGGGUAAUAUUAGACAAAAAAUUGAAAAAUGAAAAGAAAUACUGCAUGGAGGAGCUGAGUUGUAGUGUGGUAAUCAUAGAACGAUCGCGGCCAAAUGUUCUGCGAUUGAAUUUGAUAAGUUCAAGAAACAUGAAGCAGAAUGCAUUUCCAAGAAACAUCAAAGAAAAUUCUAAAAAUGCAGAUACAAUUAGGGGUCCAGUUGUUAAUAUUCCUGCAGCUAGUAGUCUAAAACAAGGGUCAAACAUGACAGAAAGUAUCUUUGGACAAAGGAGAGGUUUCUCCUUCUCUCAAAAGGAGCUGAAAAAUGUGGAGGAAGGUGAAUCCAAUUCACAGAGUGGAAUUAUUUUGAGUUUAUCCUCCUCUAGUUCAUAUUUUCAGCCAUGGACUUCAAAUAAAAUUUGUGUUGAUGAUGAGGCUUCGGUUUCUCAAGCCGAAGCAUUGGUUCAGAAAUUGGAUCAUGAUGUUAUCUUAGGAGUACUUAAUUGUAAACUUGAUGUGAACUUGAAUAGAAGUGUUACAGAAACAAUUUCACUAGUUCCAAUUGCCACUACUGCGACCCCCCCAUUGUGCUCUUUUUGUCAGCACAAGGCACCUUUGUUUGGGAACCCUCUAAGAUGGUUUACAUUUUCUGAACUGCAACUUGCCACUGAUGGAUUUUCACAGCCAAAUCUUUUGGCUGAAGAUGAGUUUGGUUCUGUACACCGUGGAGUGCUACCUGAUGAGCAGGUUGUUGCAAUCAAGAGGUAUAACACUGGUGCUCGGGGUGAUGAAGAAUUUUUGUCAGAAAUAGAGGUUUUAAGUUGUACACAACAUCGUAAUGUUGUGAUGCUAAUUGGGUUUUGUGUGGAGGAUGGAAGAAAAUUUCUGGUUUAUGAAUAUGUCUGCAAUGGAUCUCUAUAUUCUCAUCUUCAUGGAAAAAAUCAAAAUGUAUUGAAUUGGCAUGCACGUCAAAAAAUUGCACUAGGAGCAGCUCGUGGUUUGAGGUACCUUCAUGAAGAAUGUAGAGUGGGUUGUAUUGUGCACCGCGACGUGAGGCCUAGCAAUAUUCUCCUUACUCAUGACUUCGAGGCAUUAGUGGGAAAUUUUGGGCUUGCCAGGUGGCAUACGAAUCGAGAAAUGGAUGUGGAAAGCAGGGUGCCAGGAACACUUGGGUAUUUGGCUCCAGAAUGCACUCAAAGUGGUCAAAUCACUAAAGAAGCUGAUGUUUUCUUCUUUGGGGUACUAUUACUAGAGCUUGUUACUGGACGUAAAGCUUUAGAUAAAAGCAGACCCAAAGGCCAGCAAUGCCUCCAUGAAUGGGCACGUCCAUUGCUUGAGAGACAUGAAAUUGAUGAAAUAAUAGAUCCAAGUAUAAGAAACUGUGACAUUGAUCAGGUUCAUCGCAUGCUGCAAUGUUCCUCGUUGUGCAUACAACAAGAUCCACAUUUAAGGCCACGAAUGUCUCUGGUUCUCCAGGUGUUAGAAGGCUACACUUCGACGUGAUUGUUUAUCAUAUAUUUACACUCCUCUGAACAAUAAUGCAAAUAAGGCAAGGAGAUAAUGAUUUUCAAUGCAGACGAGGAGAUGACAAAAGAAACUUGAUCAUCUAUAGAUAAGAUUUUUAAGCACCAAGACUAUAAGAAGAACAAGGAGGUGUGUCAACCGACCGCGAAGAUAAAGUUUAGAGUGGUUAAAAAUACUCCCACUCGCUACCUUAGCCUUUGGUACCAUGAAAAUGGAACAAAAAGAUCCCAUAAAAAACAUAAGAGUUGUGGUGAAGAUACUCAAUUUAGUAGAAUCACAUAAUUUGUUGUUUAUGGAGGAGCACUAGUAGAAAAAUGGUAAUUUACGUCACUGUAUUCUCGUCGGAUAAAGAAGAAUCCGACGUUAAAAAAUUGCGGUAGCAUUUUUUAAUUAAGUCCAACUUUUUUACGUCGGCCCCUACGAGGUCCGACGUAAAAUAUCUACAAAUUUCAAAUUGUAUUCGCGCGCGCGUCAAUAUUUAAAUAAGAGAGCUUUGAGUGUAAGUGUCAUUCGAGUUUUCUAAGUUAAGAUUUCGUUUGAGUGUAUUGCAUUGAGUGUAUGUUUGCGCGUUUGGGUGAUUCUUGAAUUUUUGACCGAUUGUAUUGG